AUGGCGCCAAACCUACCAGAGUCUGGCCGCAAGACGGCCAACACCAUCCAGCUGCCUUACCGUCAUGAAAAGCUGCCACGACUCGCCGAAGGCUCCAAGAUCCAAAAGCGUGCGAUUCCCCGCCGCCAACAACCGGCCUCGUCCAAUGAACGCCUCAUCUAUGUUUCGUCAUCGACACCGUUCAUGUCCGUCGUCAAACGUGUGCGGAAGCAACUUGAUCGGUCGCUGCAAGACCGGGCUCCAUCUACCAAGAAACUGAGUCUUGCCCAACGUGUCAAUCUCUUGAAUCGAGACACCAGCACCGUGGGCGAAAGCAAUUGCGAGGUGUUGGUACUGGGCACAGGAAAGGCUAUUGAGAAGACGUUGAGCGUGGCCAGCUGGUUCGAACAGCAGCCAGACUGUCAGGUACAAGUGAGGACGCGGACAGUCGCCACCGUGGAUGAUGUUGUGAUGGAGGGUGAUGAGUUUGGAGGAGACGACAGCCGAAAACGCAGAAUGAUGUCAACGACCGCCAUGAUACCCUACUCUGAUGACCCCGCGAGGGGCCCGCGAUCGUAG